GCAUUUGAACACAGCUGAAGGAAGCUGAUUGCUCUGAGUGCUAAAUAAGCAGGAACAAUACACACUGGAUUUGUCUGUCUCUUGGUAGAGGGGACACAAAAUGAGUGCAGGGGACGAGAUCUGCACUGGCUGGCUCAUCAAGUCACCUCCUGAAAAGAAACUAAAACGAUACGUUUGGCGAAAGCGUUGGUUUGUUUUACGGCGUGGACGGAUGUGUGGAAACCCUGAUGUUUUAGAGUACUAUAGAAACAGUCAUUCAAAGAAACCAAUACGGGUUAUCGACCUGAACGAAUGCGAAGUGCAAAAAUACAUUGGUGUCAACCUUAUUAAAAAAGAAUUUCAGAACAGUUUUGUAUUUAUUGUAAAAACCACCUACCGCACAUUUUAUCUGGUGGCUAGGACUGAGGAAGAAAUGCAGAACUGGGUGUACAACAUAAGUCGGAUCUGUAACUUUGGUCAACUUGAAGAUGGUACAGAUUCUAUUGAGAGCCUUUCUCAUACCAACUCUUCAGUCCAAGCAUCACCAGCAGGCUCUACUCACACGUCAAGAAUCACAGACCCCUAUUAUUCAGCGGACAGCCCUGCAGCAGACACUCCAACAGAAGAGAAUAGGAGCGAAUCAGAUUCAAUAUUCAUCCCAGACUAUCUGUUUUUAUCAAAUUGUGAGAGUGGGAAAUUAAAUAACGCCAGGUGUGAUGCUUGGUCUAAUUCCGAUAAAUCCCUGGAGCAAACAUCUUCUGAUGAUGUCUUCCUUGACGCUUUACAGUCUCAACACUCUCUUAACCAAACUGUUAAUGUUCAUAUCCAUCACAAUCACUCACAACCAGCACAUUUCAUUGUAGUCAAGGACCUUGAAUCAAAUGGAUCAUGUAGUGACUUCUCUUCAUCGUCGCCACUGUUGGGACCACCCUCAUCACAGACUUUUUCAAUUGAUAAAAGCUACAGUUCUGUAAGUGAAGCUGAAGUCUUACCUAACACUCCACCACCAAGACCGCCAAAACCAAAUCAUUUUUCUGAAGUGAAACCUGAAGUGAUUUCCAGUGGAGUAAUACAGAACGGACAUUGUUUUUCAGGAAUUGUGCCUAGAAGAAUUUCUUUGUCUAGUUUAGACAAUGUGAGGAACUGGAGAGGUGACCCAGAAGAUUGUUCACUAAGGACACGAGAUAAAAGGCUUAGUUUAAACCUGCCGAGAUUUGCUCCACUUUAUUCUUUGUCAUCAGACGGUUCUGAAGACAGCUAUGUUCCUAUGAGCUCAAAUGCUUCUCCACCUGUUUCGGAGUCAGACUGCAGCAUAGACGGAUAUAUCCCGAUGAGUCCAGUCACUGCUACAUUCACGUUCAAUGCCUCUGUCAACUCCAAGGUUUCUAGCCCGUUACCAGACUUACCAACAGACCUUGAACCACCUCCAGUGAACCGUGACCUUAAGCCACGUAGAAAAACUCGACCACCUCCCCUCGACCUUCGUAACCUUUCUACAAUUAGGGAACACGCACCCAUAAGCAGAACAUGGACAGUGCCUUACAAUAGAACCAGCUUUAUCUCCCCAGAAAGUGAUGUUAGUAGCUCAGCAAGUAUAUUUACCAGUUCUAUCUCAGGAGAGGAGGAUGAAAGCUACAUUCCAAUGGAACAGAGACAAGGAUCAUCACCAAGUAAUGGACAUUUUCCAUGGCCAAGGAAGUUCAAUCUCGAUUAUUUGGCAUUGGAUUUUAACUCUGCAUCCCCAUCCCCAGUCCAGAAGAAACCAUUCCUGUCUGAAGAACAGAGAGUGGACUAUGUACAAGUAGACGAGAAGAAAACUCAGGCCUUGCAGAGCACUAAACAAGAGUGGACAGACGAGAGACAAUCAAAAGUUUAAUGUAGUGUUGGUUGGUUCUUUUGCACUAGGACAUUUUCAUAACAUCGCUAAAUAUUUUAACACUUUUUGUAUGUAUCACGUCUUGGAAAAUAAGUUGAGCAUUUAGAGAGAUGGACCAGCUUUUUUUCACAUCUUCAUUUUUCCUAUGGAAUAUGUUAAGAUUUUUAUGAAGUCGUCAUGGAUAAACUGUGAGUCCAGUUAUUAAGGGAAACUGGAAGUGGUUAAUUUAUUCAAUGCUUUGGAUUGAUAUGUAUGAAUACUUGGUUAAAGGAGCUGACAGAUUAUAGAACUGUAUGCAACAACGUUAGCAGAAAAUCUUUAAACCUUCCUUGAAUCAGUUUAAAAAACAAAAUGAUCUAAUGUACAGUAAAUGAAGUUAUUAAUGUUACAAAGUGCAGCAUUAUGUAAUAUUAACUUAGUGGUACCUGUAAAACAAAUAAAAAUUAAGAACAUUAAAGAUUUAA